AUGAACGCUCUAUCUCGAUUUUGGCUGAUCCCAGCCUUCGCCAUCACCAUCCUACACCAUGCAACGGCGCAGAGUGCGGGUGUCCAAGUCUGGAUUGACUCAAACUGCCGCGGAAACGAAGUAUCAGGGGGAACUUUGGCCUAUGGCCCCGGCGAUUCAUGCGACAAUUUGGGCGGCAACUCGAUCAUUGUCGAAGGCUCCGGCUGCGUCACUACUCUCUGGGAAAACGCUGACUGUGGUUCGGGUAGCUCAUAUGUCAUCCCAGACUCGUCCUGCCACAACAGUCCCUUUGGCAACCCAUUCGGCUUGGUGGAAGUGAACUGUCCGUCUCCAUCUUAG